CACAUCAGUAAGUGAGGAAGCAUUCCACAGAGGGUGACAGAGGUGGAGGAGAUCCAUAGUUACAAAAAACAACAACAACAACAAAAACUGAACUCAGAAACUGUAUAAGUACAAAGCAGCCAGGGAGUGGAGUACAGCCACCAUCAGGAAAGACUCAGUCCUGACUCAGAGACAUUCUAUUCCCUACCAAAAUGAAACUGUUGCUGCUGCUUCUGCUUGUGCUGGGUUUGGAGCUGAUCCUAGUGUGUGUCCAUGCAGAAGGAAAAACUGGUCUCAUUGGAAAGAACUUUAAUCCAGAAAAGAUUAAGGGAAAAUGGUAUACCAUUGGUUUGGCCUCUGACAAAAGAGAAAAGAUAGAGGAACAGGGAAGCAUGAGAGUCUUUGUGGAAUACAUUCGUGUCUUUGAGAACUCUUCCUUAGCUUUUAAAUUCCAUACCAUUGUAAAUGGAGAGUGCACCGAGCUGUAUGUUGUUUGUGACAAAACAGCAGAGGAUGGGGAAUAUGAGGUUGAAUAUGACGGAUCUAAUAGAUUUACUAUACUUGAUACAGACUAUGAUGAUUAUAUUAUAAUUCAUCUUAAAAACAUCAAGAAUGGGAAAAAAUUCCAGUUGAUGGAGCUCUAUGGCCGGAAACCAGAGCUGAGUUCAAACAUCAAGGAAAAGUUUGAGGAGCUAAGCAAGAAGCAUGGAAUUGUUAAGGAAAAUAUAUUGGACCUAACUGAGGCUGAUCGCUGUCUCCAGGCCCGAGAUGGAGAAAAGGCCUGAACCUCCCGGGUUGAGUGGGGACUCCUAACCUGGACUCAAACACCAUCCCUUCCUGUCUGCACGCUGUCCUGUGACAAGUCCUGUGAUCUGAUUCCCAUCGCUGUCCCCCAGGAAACCAUACUCCCUGCAUCCCCACCAUCUUUCCUGAUUACCUAGGAAUCAAAGGCUUUCUUUUAAAUGUCUCUUUGUCACCCCCAUGACAACUCUCCAUGAAUGUCUUCCUCUCCCUGUUCAAUAAAUGAUUACCCUUGCAGAUA